CCCUAGCUCUUGUUUCUUUGACUGCUGCCCAGAUCAGGGGCAUGCAGAUCCACCCGUGGCUCCACGGCAGAAGUUGUGGCGGACGAGCCAAUGGCCGCGCAGGUUAUGGCAGCCAGACCGCCCUGUGGAGGAGCCGCGUAUUCGGAUCUGGGAAAGACUAGCUGCGUUUGUGGCCACAAAGGGCUACUGCCAGCGCCUCCAGCUCUUGUGCUGCAAUCUGUAAUCUAGCGGGGGCGAAUGCGAAUACGUCUCUCAAAGUUGACAAGACUGCCUCUGUAAUACUACCGUGUUGAUGGUAGCUUUGAUAUGCUUUGAAAUACGUGCAUGAGAUGUCUCCGAUUGGAUCGCUGUCACUUUUACGGAUACUAUACUUGAAGAGUAGGUACCCAUGAGAGAGAGAGAAGAGGAAUGAUGGAGACGACGUGGUCUGAUGCCACCUCAGAAACCUCCACUGCAUCGAACAAUACGCGACUCUAUCAAUUGGCCAGCAUCACAGACCCAGUUGCGAGAUGCAUUAGCACAUACCCUACGCUGCAUGUGUCGAUUGUCAAGGCAGGUCAUUGGAGAUAGCAAAGUAAGAAUCCUGAGAUUGAUAAUAUUGAAUGGAGCAUCGUCCAGGUUAAGAAGAAAAGCGACUAUCUGCCAAGGCCCGAAUUCAUCGCAAUCAGUAGCGAGCGCCAAAGUAUAGACCCAGCUCCAGCUAAAUCUAAGUCAUCACCUGCUACAUAGAGGUAGAUCCAGAUAGAUACACUGACUACCUAGAUGCAUAUCUGCGCACAUGACAACGAGUAACGAAAAUGAAGAUGGAAAAAUGAGAAAAUGAAAGGGGAGAAGACAGCUGACAAGGAAAAAGGAAAUCCAUCAAACCAAAACAUGGCAAACCAAACGCUCCCAGCCUAUAGCAUUCCGUCCGCAAUCUGUGAAACUAAGAACUCAAACUCAUGCCCAGGCCCCCUUUGUCAAACGCCCGUACCCUAUCUGCCGUCCUGUGUGUGAAAAGCCAACUGCUGAACAAUAAACUAUCGUGUAUGUGGUAUCUGUAUGCUUGACUGACAUGGUGGUCCCAAAUGUCCGAGGUAUCUUUGCAUCUCUCGGGGUCGUUAUCAAAAUAGCAAAAAAAAAAAAAGAAAAAACAAAUACGAAGAGUAGCCGGUCUCGAUCGUCACCAUUAAUUUACGCUUGGGCGACAAUGCUUCUUCCGACAUCGCCCCAUCUGAAUCGUCUUAAACCACCCCCCGAUGAGCGAAGGACAUCGCGGCCAGAGGAUGCAGUCUCGUUGACGCUGUGGACACUUG